CAGUAUCUAUUGGUUAAUAAUAUAUUUAAUUAAAUUCCCCCUUUUAAAAUAGUUGUCCAGUUGCAAAUAAUUAAAAAAUAAGACUACACCAUGGAAGGGGAAGAUAACAGUGAGAAUGAGCUGUAUGAAGUCGCUCCAAAGAAAAUGAAGACCGAAUGGUCUAAAAGCUACUCUAACAAAGCUAUGCAAAUGAUGAAAAAAAUGGGAUACGAAACUGAUAAAGGUUUAGGCAAACAAAGUCAAGGCCGACUGGAGCCUAUUGUUGCCUUUCAGCAAGAUGGUAGACGGGGAUUGGGAUUAAAACAUGAAGGUGUUAUUCAAUCAGGCGAACACUGGGAUCCAAAUAGUGAGGAAAUUAGUGUUCCGGAAAUUGUUUCGUGGAUUCCCGCUAGUAGCGAUUUUAGUUACAACCUGCAACAAUUAAAGUGCUGGAUUAGUUUUGGUGAACGUAAAGAAUCUCUGGAUGAUGAAACAUUAUUUGUUGAACCCGAAAUACUGAACGGUAUUUUAGAAGCUAAGACUGUGUUCGAUCAACUAAAUGAAAAUGAAUUGAGAAGAGCGCGGUCACGAAGUAACCCCUUUGAGACAAUUCGAAGUUCCAUUUUUCAAAACAGAGCGGCUGUUAAAAUGGCUAACAUAGAUUCAAUGUUAGAUUUUAUGUUCACAAGUCCGAAAGAUAAAAUGGGUAAUUCUCUUGUACAUGCCAACGAUCUAUUGUAUUUUGCUGAUAUAUGUGCUGGUCCAGGAGGAUUUUCAGAGUAUAUAUUGUAUAGAAAAUCAUGGGAAGCAAAAGGCUUCGGGUUUACACUUCGAGGCGCAAAUGAUUUCAAGUUAGAUAAAUUUUUUGCGGGUUCUCCGGAAUCAUUUGAUCCAUACUAUGGUGUACAAGGAGAUGGAAAUGUUUAUGUUGAAGCUAAUCAGGAUUCGUUUGCUAAUUAUAUAUUUAAGCAUUGUGCAGAAGGCGUCCAUUUUGUUAUGGCAGACGGUGGAUUUUCGGUUGAAGGUCAAGAAAAUAUUCAAGAGAUUUUAUCGAAGCAACUGUAUUUGUGUCAGUGUCUCACAGCUCUCAAAAUUCUAAGGUGCAAUGGAAGUUUUAUUUGUAAGCUAUUUGAUAUAUUUACUGCGUUCAGUGUUGGUCUGGUAUAUCUAAUGUAUCAGUGUUUCGAAGAAAUAUCAAUAAUAAAACCAAAUAGUAGUCGACCUGCAAAUUCGGAAAGAUAUUUAGUGUGUAAAUGGAAAAAGCCUGAUACGGAGAUCAUAUGUAAAUAUUUAAAUUUGAUCAACAAUCAUUUAAACAAACAAAGCGAUCGGGACGUGUUAGAAAUCGUAGACUUGGAUGUUAUUAUGCGGGACGACGAAUUUUUUAAGUAUAUUAAAGAAUCGAAUAAUAUAAUUGGGCGUAAUCAAAUUAUUGGGUUAAAAAAAAUAACGGCAUACUGUAAUAAUCCGCAAUUAAAAGAAACAAGGCAGUCAGAAUUCCGAAAAAAAUGCUUAGAACUUUGGGGAUUGCCUGACAAAUUACGACAGGCUCCUGAAAGUAAAUCAAUUGAAAAGUUUCUUGAAGAAUUUUUAAAUACUUGGUACGAAGAUAAAGGUUGGUUUAAUUCUACAUCAGCUGAGUUAGUAUCAACUACAAUGUUAAACAAAUCAGUAGAAAGCAUAUACGAUUGGUAUUUUGUACCAAUUGGGCGAGGGGAAACAAGUGCGAAUGCUUGCAGCUUUUUUAUUUGUACUACUAGAGGAAAAGUACUUCGGUAUACUGACAUGAAGAAGUGGGAACCUGUGGAGUAUAUGUUCGAAUUAUCGCCAAAAUCACUGUUUUAUGGUGAACUUGUCUUUGAAUAUAGUGGUGAGGGCCGAACACAGACCAGAACAUGUAAUUUGCACAUAAUUGAUGCAAUUAUGCUUGGAGGUAAAGAUGUACGAAGAAUGAAGUUAAAUGAACGUUUGUCAAUGUGCACAAAAUUUGCUAAGAGCAUCAAUAAGCCAUUUAAAGAGGGCAGCGUUUCAUUAUUACGCUGUAAAAGACUGUUCAAAUUAGAUGAUAUUGAUGAAUUCUUUGGCGUAAUGAGACACUAUACCCUAAAGGAUGGCUCUCUACGUCUGGGGAUAUCACUAAAUGAUUCUGAUUCAAAAUUUUUUGUUCCUGGAGGAAUAUUGCUGUUUUGUGAAAUAUUUCAUUACUUCUUCUCAAUUAUGUCAAAGUCCAAGAAUAUGCUCUACUACUUUGAUAAGACAUGUAAUGCAUCGUAUUACAAAAAUAAUAUGCCACCUGAGAUGCACAAUAUAUUAUACGCUUCAUUUCGAAAUAGCUUUAUGAGACGGCUUCUGUGGAAAUGGACAAAUACAUAUCAAGUAGAAGAACAUAGUAAUAAAGUGGAUGAAAAUGUGUUAUACAGAGAUGAUUUUAUACAAUUUAUUGUAAAUAAACAAAAUAUAUAAUAUUUGCAUAAUAAUACUAA